AUCGAUGGUUCAAGGUACCAGAGCAACUGGUCCGUGCCAACCAAUCAUCGCCCCUCAUCCCAGGCCCUGCCUCAUCCAUGACGAGGGGGCGAUGCCGCGCGGGGCCAGGCCAGCCGGCGCGCCCCUCGUUGCGGAUCUGCAGAGGUGUGGCCGAGCGGGGCGGUGGGAGGCGGCUCUCGGGCUGCUGCGUGGCGCGCUGCUGUGCGGCGCUGCGCCGCGCGUGGGCAUCGUGGUGUACAGCGCCACCAUCAGCGCGCUCGGCAGGUGCGGGGAGUGGCGGCGGGCGCUGCUGCUCCUGGAGGAGUCGCGGGGGAGGGGCACCAUCAAAGCAAAACAGACUGCAUGCACAUCAGCUACAGCGCCGGGGUCAGCGCGUGCGAGAGGGGCGGGCAGUGGCAGCAGGCGCUGGCGCUGUUCGGACACAUGCGGGAGGCACUCGUUGAGCCGAGCGUCAUCAGCUAUGGUGCUGCGAUAA